GGUUAGUUCGUCCGCUCACGUCCCCCCAGCAGUUAUGGUAACUUGGCUGGGUGGAAGCGAGUAAGUGAACGCGGCUUGUUGAAAGUAGUGGAAAAAUAUAUUUGUGGACUCGGAGCCCCACUCGGAGCGGAUCAAUCUCACGGCGGAAAGAGCGACCUGUUGCCCGCCAGUUUUUGCCUGCCUCGCCGCCACUCAUCAAGCCAAGCAGGGUGCUCAAGAUGUUGCUUUGUGGAUGGGAUGGCGUCUCGUCCCGUUCGUCUGCUCACUCGUAGCCUCUCCGGAGAAGCAACUUUUGCCACCCGAGUGACUCAUUUGUAGCGCUUCUCUGCAUCGGUAAGAUGCAUGUGUCUCUGGCAGAAGCUUUGGAGGUCCGAGGAGGUCCGCUCCAGGAGGAGGAGGUCUGGGCGGUGCUCAGCCAGAGUGCAGAGAGCCUCCAGGAGCUCUUUCACAAAGACCCUUCAGCGAUGGGCUUUAUCAUCUCCCCAUGGUCCCUGCUGCUCAUGCCCUCCGGCAACAUCUCCUUCACAGACGAGUAUGUCACCCAGCAGGACCUAAGAGCCUUCACUGCCCCUGAAGUCCUGGAAGGGAACACUCUGACGUCUGUCUCCGACAUAGAGAAGAUGCACAUGUACUCUUUGGGAAUGACUCUCUUCUGGGGUGCGGAUUACGAGAUCCCCCAAAGCCAGCCCAUGAAGUUGGGGGAACACCUGAACAGCCUGCUGCUGAACAUGUGCGAUGAUGUUACGUUGAGCCGAAUGUCGAUGCGCACGGUGCUGGACAUCUGCAGCAAGCACAUUCGAAACUCAAGUUGUGACCCUCCCUUCUCUUAUGUCAGAAAGCUGGUCCGGUUGGUGCUGGGCAGCCUUUCCCAGCUGGACGGUCUGCUAACCGACAGAGAGUCUCUUCCUGAGCGAAGUAAGGAAAUUCGGGAGAGACUGAGAGGGAAAGGCUUACCUUCAGGGAGGAGUGCUGCCCCCAGGGUGCUGGAGCGCUACCGGGCCAGGACUCAAGAGCAGGCUUCUCUCAACCGGGGCCUCAGUCGCUCCAUGGGAUCCCUGUCUACGCACGACAUAUUGAGGGGAGAUGAAUUACACUAUUCCCACUGUGACUCGGAAUGCUCCGGCGAACACUGCCCCAAACCUGUGUCUACCCAGCACCAGCACUCAUACCCCCACUUGCACCCGUUUCAUCCCCAGCAAAAAGGCCGACCCGUGGAGCUGGAUCGGAGAUCUUUACAAUUCCACGGUGCUGACUUAAGGCCAGCUCAGACCAGGAACUCCUGGGCCUCCUCUGUGGACUUGGCCUGUAUUGACCCAGAGGCUCUUCGCUUUGGAGCCUUGGAGGACGCACGCAGAGGCAGCAGUGCGCUAAGUACACAAACCAUUGGCAGGAUCAAAUCGCCCUUUAGCGUGUCCAGAGAGAGGGACUCUCGCUAUUUUGAAUUUGGCGGGAUGAAGAGCAGGAAUGCCCAUUACCUCUCUAGCCUGUCCGUUGGCUCAGGCCUCCCUGGUGCCUACGACAGGAUCAAGGAACGGCAGAGGAAACUGCAGCUGUUGCGGCAAGCAGUGGACGAACCAUCUCUCACUCACCACCGACACCACAGUGAUUACAGUUCCUCCAGUGAAAGCCCCUCGGUCACCUCCUCUGAUCCCGACUACAGGCAAGCUAAAAAAACAGCCGAGGUGAGACGAUUCGGCUCCCAGCUGGCACUUUCCUCGGAACACGACUCCCUGUCCCUGACCAGUCACAACACACAAAGGCACAGGCAGUAUGAGGGGGUAUCAGAUGAAGGCCUGGCAGGAGCGGAACUGCUCCUGCAGAAGCAGGAGGAGGAGGUACAGCGGCUGCAGGCUCACCUGGCUAACAGGUUGUCCCGGGCAAACAUCUACACUUUGGAUGACCCCCUGGCACCCACUCGCACAUCCAUGCUCGACCUUCAAGACCCAAUGUACACGUCCUCGUUGCCGCUCCGUAAGCCCAAGCUGUUCCACGGGCCAGAGUUUGUGAAGAUGGCUAGCGAGCCCUGCGUCAUCCUCAGUGUUCCCUCUUCCAUAAUGAAGCGUAAGGGAGAAGAAGUGCAGAGAAGGAUUGGUGUUGUGUUGCUGAGCGGCCAAAAGCUGGAGCUGAACUGUGACGUCAAGGCCUUGUGUAAAGACGCUCUCGACAUGGUGAUUGCACACGUCGGCUUAGUGGAGCGCCAUCUCUUCGGUCUAGCUUACCUCCAAGAUAAUGAAUUUUUCUUCGUUAAUCCUGACACCAAGCUGUCCAAGGUGGCCCCCGACGGUUGGAAGAAGAAAUGUGACAUGUCUUUUAACCUUUUUCUACGCGUUAAAUUUUUCCUUCACGAUGUUAACCUUAUUCAACAUGCUAUGACCAAACAUCAGUACUAUCUACAAUUGAGGAAGGAUAUCGUGGAGGAGAGGAUGCAAUGCGACAUGGAAAACGCCAUCUUCUUGGCCUCCAUAGCGCUGCAGGCAGAGUUUGGUGACUACCAACCAGAGCUUCACGGGAAGACGUAUUUCCGAGUGGAGCACUACCUGCCCGUGACUGUUUUGGAUAAGAUAGACCAGACGACCAUCAAGGAGGAGUUGCCGAAACUUCACAGCAACUACUACGGAGCGUGUGAGUCGGAGGCUGAGUUUGAGUUCCUCAAGGUGAGCCAGAGGCUGACCGAGUACGGGGUCCAUUUCCACCGGGUACACCCCGAGAAGAGGUCCCAGACUGGCAUCAUGCUGGGCGUCUACUCCAAAGGGGUCCUCAUCUUUGAGGUCCUCAAUGGAAAUCGUUCACCGGUGCUGAGGUUUCCCUGGAGGGAGACUAAGAAGAUUUCUUUCGCUAAAAAGAAGGUUUCCCUUCAGAACACCUCAGAUGGGAUCAAGCAUGUGUUUCAGACAGAGAGCAGCAACACAUGUCAGUAUCUACUGCAGCUCUGCUCUGACCAUCACAAGUUCCACCAGCAGACGAGGGCCCACCAAAACAACCAGGAGCUCCAAGAUAUAGUGAACAGUCCCCUGAGCAAUUUGCAGUAUUCCACAGACCUUCAGGGCACAGGUGCAGUGGGCAGGACAUUGGGCACGGGCAGCAUCGCCCCUGCCCUGUCAACCCAGUCCAACCCAGAACCCCCGAAGAGGAUCUCCUACUCUGAGGUGGCCCUCAACAAGGCACCGUCCAGCACGCUCUUAGUCCGGGAUGAGCUUCACUUUCCGGGUUUCCAUCCAGCGAAAGUCCAACCCAAUCCUCGGACCAUGAGCCGCUCCUUGCACAAUCUCAGACAGAUGCUGGAGUCAUCCGAGCAGAGCGUUGUGGACCCAUAUCGCGUUGGAGCGGGUCGGGUGCAACCCAGCCAGCGAGCCAGUUCCGACACGGACUCACUGUCACAGCAGACAAACAACCCAGCCUGGAGCCACUUGGAGUCCAAAAGAGAAUCAGACUCCUCUUCCAUAGAAGAAACGGGCCAGGCAUAUGUGAUGGGAGUCAGUAUGCACGGCUCCUCUGGACCACCCUCCAGCCCAACUUCUGCUAAUGAUUCACUGAAGAAAAAAAUCAAUGCUUUGCCAUCCCCAGAGAGACAAAUCACAUCUGUAAGCCUGAAGAAAGAUGUGAAAUAUGGCCUGGGGUUCCAGGUUGUGGAAGGGGAGAACUUGGGCCGUGUGAACAUGGGGACCAUCAUCAGCUCCAUUACGCCUGGUGGUCCUGCUGACGCUAACGGCAGUCUCACACCCGGGGAUCGCCUGAUUGCCGUGAACGACCUUAACCUCGAAGGGCUCUCUCACGCCGCCACGAUCGACGCCCUUCAGAAUACAACUGAUGAUGUCACUCUUGUGGUGUCACAGCCCAUAGAGAGGCUCUACAAAGAGUCUCCAUCAGUUUAUAGUCCAACCGUGACCACAUCUACACUAGCGGCCUUAAAGCGACAAGAACUGGGCGUUCCUACAGAGACGCACACAUCAACAUCAACAUCAAGAUCCAGCCCUCUAUUCCACAGCACUGGCUCACCAUCACCCACUUUUCCUGCCACUCAACAGCCCAACGACGCCCUCAAUUCUCAGCUCUCUUCCCUAGACAUCACAAGCACUAUCCCAACAAUAAUGCAACCCUCUACAAGUCAAGUCCACCUGUACCUCAAAAGAGCAAAUAACACAUUUGAGUCCGUCCCCCAAGAUCCUAGACUGGAAGUCUCCUUGGAACCUCUGCCUCCGGCAUUGCCACCCAAAACCAGGAAGAGUAAAGUCUUUGAGGCUCCUAAAGUUUUGGAGCCCUCUAACGAUGGGGAUUCAGACAUGGACGAGGAGAGUCUUUCCAAAAAUCAGGAGACGCUAAAGGUCAAAAAGGACCACAACGUGGAAAUGUUAAAUGGUAAUGCCCCAGGAGUCAAUAGUCUCCGCCCUGGAGAACUAUUUGACAUUGUGCUGUCGAAAAAAGACAGCAGCCUGGGCAUAAGUGUCACGGUACUGUUCGGCAAGGGGGGAGUGAAUACAACAAUUCAGCACGGCGGCAUCUACGUGAAAGCCAUCAUUCCGGAAGGCGCGGCAGAGCUUGAUGGAAGGAUACACAAAGGGGAUCGCGUGGUGGCCGUCAAUGGAAAGUCACUAGAGGGCGCCUCCCACCAACAGGCCGUCGAUGUUCUAAGAGACACAGGCCAGACAGUGCAUUUGUUGCUGGAGAAGGGUCACCCGCCUACAGAACGAGUCCACGCUCCCGUCACUCCUCAGUGCACGCCUUUGAACGCGAGGAGUGUCCGAGAGCAGAGCAUGGGGAAAACUCUUAAAGUCAAGCCAGAGUACAGUUUUUUAACACCAGACAAUGUAUUUGAGGUGCUCCUCAUGAAGAACGCAUCAGGACUGGGUUUCAGCUUCAGUCGGGAGGAGAACAUCCCAGAUGAACCCCCGGGCUCCAGCAUGGUGCGAGUUAAGAAGCUGUUUCCUGGCCAACCGGCUGCCGAAAGUGGGCGCAUUAACGUGGGCGAUGUGAUCAUGCGGGUCAAUCAAACACCCCUCAAAGGACUGUCACAGCAUGAGGUGAUAUCAGCAUUGCGAGGAACAGGACAGGAAGUGACGUUGCUUCUCUGUAGGCCUGAACGUGGCGUUCUUCCUGAGUUGGACACCUCAGCUUUGACACCAUCACCUCGUAAAGAGCCAUCAACCCCACCCAAGCCUCAGCUGAAUCAGGGAAGGGCUGAGGACAGAAGGAGUCAGGGCAGCGUGGAAGGUGCCUUGGAAAGGUUACGGCUCAAAUCCAACAACAGCGUGGAGGACCCCAUUGAGAGGCUGGCUCUUAAAAGUACCAGCAGUGUGGAGGACAUUCUUGAAAGGCUGCAGGUCAAGACUCCGGCCCGGCGCAACAGCUACAGUGACAGCACGGAUGGCGACGAGGAGGUGGAGGAGGCCUUCAGCCCGAGCGCCCUGGAGCACAGCAGACAGACUUGGGAGCGGAGCAUCUACCAGACCCCCAGCAGCAGCCUUGGCGGUCAUCUGGAUGACAGCAGCCACUCUGCUUUCUACUCACCACAUCAGGCUAUCACCAGACUGGACAUUAGCAAGAGGAGUCAAGAGUCUUCUCUCAUGGCUGGCCCGAGCCCUGAUCCCCUGCCUCCUCCUCUCCCGCUGCCCUUAAACCUCACAACAGCUACAAAUGGACCAGGGAUGGAUGAACUAGUCCCAGAAGCGGAGCUCAAGGUCUCAUUGAUGAAGUCUGAAAAGGGCAGCCUUGGCUUCACACUCACCAAAGGCAGCGAUCAUGGGUGUUAUGUCCACGACAUAGUCCAGGAUCCAGCCAAAAGCGACGGAAGGCUCAGACCUGGGGACAGAAUGAUCAAGGUGAACCAAACAGAUGUGACCAAUAUGGGCCACACCGAGGUGGUGGACCUUGUGCGUGCGGCCCCUCGGGUCGUGGAUUUGGUAAUAGGGAGGGCCCUGGAUGCCCCCAAGCCCUCUAUUGACGCUCACCUGUUGCCAGAUAUCUGCUUCAAAGACACUCAGAAAGCACUUGGCCUGAUGCUGGAUGGCGGUAGGGAUAGUAUGUACGGGGUCUUAUUUGUAAAAGACGUCUUAGUGGGAUCAGCAGCCUUUGAAGAAGGCAGUCUGAGACCACUGGACCUCAUCCACUAUAUCAAUGGUGCUCCCACUCAGGACCUCACCCUCACUGAGAGUAGCAGACUGUUGGAUCUCUCCCGUGCUGACCUGACUCUUAAAGCCACAAGGGAUGGUAAGCCUGUUUACCCUGGGAAGAAAAGCGCAUCUUCUCUCAACAACAACAUGAGCAUCAAUGUGUCAUCUGGCAUUAAUGGGUUCCUCACAGCAGAAGACCCACGGGAGACAGAGUUUUUCACUGCAAUGUCUUCCUUAGAGCAAGUUGCUGUUUGGGAUGUACAGGAGGAGCUCAUCAAGCUAGAACUGGAGAAGCCACAGUCAGGAGGUCUGGGUUUCUCAGUGAUCGGCGGAGAAAGAGGCAUCUUCGUCAAGUCCAUCACAGCAGAAGGUGUUGCCGACGCCUCUGGCAAGCUUCAAGUGGGAGACAGGCUGCUUCAAGUAAAUGACGAGCUGAUGACAGGCGUAUCGCACACCAAAGCAGUCACCACCAUCCGCAAGGCUAAAGGCCUAGUGCGACUGACGGUGUCCAGGCCGCCAGACCAGAACCCCAACACCUAUCUGGCCUAUCUGCCCAUCAAUGCUGAUAAAUGCAAUGGAAACACAGAUCUUAGCGAGGACAGCGGUGUCAAGACAAAGUUGGGCAGUCUGCACGAGAGGCGAAAAUCUGGCAGCUUCCCUCUGUUACCACCAACAGACUACGACGAAGAGCCACCCCAACAGAGAAGGGUGCACAGCGGCGAACUCUCCGAGGACACAGACUAUGAUGGCUCCUCCUUACCCGAAGACUCGCCCGAGAGUUCGCGCAAAGUUGAAUGGCUGGAGGAGAGCGUGGACAGCCCCAGCAAUGAAAAUUACCUGCAAAUGAGCCAACCAGAAGAUGAUGACGUCAUCACAUGGGGAAGCGACGAGCUGCCUAUUGAAAACCUCAACUCCACAUUUAGACAUGAUGGACCAAUCAUCACAGAGGAGGAGCUGACCUCCUUACCCCUGGUCGAGGUGGUCCCCACCGGCCAGUAUACGGGUCCAAAGCUCAACUCUGUUGUCCGUAUGAUCAGGGGGCUUCUGGACCAGAAUGUCCCUCAGCAGGAGUUUGAGAAUCUUCAAAAUCUUCAACCACUGGACGACUGUUUGAUUGGCCAGACCAAGGAGAAUAAGAAGAAGAACCGCUACAAGAAUAUUGUCCCUUUUGACACCACUCGAGUGGUCCUGGGCAAAAACGGCUACAUCAAUGCCAACUUCAUCAAGAUGCCUGUGAAGGAUGAGAACUUCCUCUACAUUGCCUGCCAGGGACCCUUGCCCACCACCAUGGGGGACUUCUGGCAGAUGGUAUGGGAGCAGAAAUCAAACGUGGUCGCCAUGAUGACGCAGGAAAUCGAGGGGGGUAAAGUCAAGUGUCAGCGCUACUGGCCCGACUCGCCGGGCUCCACAGAGAUGGUGGACGAACGCUUUCAGAUCACCCUGAUGAAAGACCAGUAUCUGGACCACUUUGUCAUACGACUCAUCGAAGUCAAAGACAUCCAGACCAAUGAAACCCAGCACGUGACUCACCUGAACUACACGGGAUGGCCCGAUCACGGGACGCCCUCGCAACCGGAGCAACUGCUCACCUUCAUCUCCUACAUGAGGCAUGUCCAUCGCUCGGGACCCAUAGUAACUCACUGCAGCGCCGGGAUCGGACGGUCCGGGACCCUCAUUUGUAUCGAUGUGGUUCUAGGCCUCAUCAGUAAAGACGCUGAUUUUGAUAUUUCAGAUGUUGUCCGAAACAUGAGACUUCAGCGAAAGGGAAUGGUCCAGACUGAGGACCAGUAUAUUUUCUGCUACCGGGUGAUCCACUACGUCCUGGAAUGCCUUCAAGAUGAGAAGAACAUCUCAGGAUAGUGGCUGGACGCCACAUAUCGCAUCCACAACCAUGUGGAGGAGAGCUAGCACCUGUAGAAAUGGCCAAAUCCUGUUUUUAAAAUUCCGUGAAAUAUAAAUCCCCCUCCCCCAUGUGUGUCUGUUCUUUUAAAGAAGUAUAUAUUUUUAUUUUAUUUUAUGUUUGCUUUUUUUUGUUCUCUUCUCUUUUGGCUGCUACUUCCCUCAUGCUACGAUGAGAACUGAUGAUUGUAGUUCUUAUAUCAUCUGUAAGAGAACAGCCAUGUUUUAUUUUCCAGAUUCUUGGAUAAAGGCUAAAAUGAUUAGAAAUGGACCAAUGGCAUCAUAUUAUAUGUGGAACAAAAUUUUUACUAUUUUGAAUCCCGUUUUUGAUGCUGGAACUUGCCUUGACAGAAUACUAUGUCAGUAUUUGCUUUGCUCGCUGCCUGAAGGUAAUGAACUUUAACGUGUACAUAUUCAUCUCCUGAAAAUUAAA